UUUAACAACAGCUAUAAUUUUUAUGUUUUUUAAAUCAUUUCCUUUUUUAUACUCUAUAUUAUUCAAUUUUAAUAGCUUAAUAUUUGAAAUAUUAAAAUGUCAAUUUUUCUGAGUAUUAAAUUGUAUAUCUUAAUUUUUUCAAUACUUAUGUAUAUUCAAAUAGUUAAUAGUUUAAAAGAUAGAAUUAACUUUUUAUUCAAAAAUGAUGGGUGGAAAAAUUUAACUGAUGUGGAGUAUAUUAUAAAUUAUAAUGUUCAACACACUUUACAAGAAACAUUAGAAACGCCUGUAACAUCAAAUAAUUAUGACACUCAUAUUCGUAGUGCAACAAUAAUUCUUGGAUGUUCUUACGCAAACGUAUUGAAAACAAUUUUUUUUAUUAUGGACCGUUUUUUGGAGUAUUGUGAAACAUUAAUAAGUUCAGAAAACGAAAACAAAUAUGCGUACGACUGCACUAUUGAACUAAUCAAUACAAUGCCAAAUUUAAGUUACUUAGCAACACUAAUGAAAGGUGCAUUGGUUUCUAUAGACAAAUUACAUCGUCGCCCAAUGGUGAAUAACAAAAGACUUAUUUUAAAUGAUACAACAACUAGGUUAUGUAAUAAGGGAACAUUAAACAUAUUAUUACCUACACAAAUAAAUAGAUUUAAUACUGAAUACGCAUUAAAAAGUUUAAAAAAUUAUUUAGCUUAUAAUGGAUUAUCCCUAAAAAAUGAUUUAAGAUAUUGUAAAUUAAAAUAUUCCGAUUUGGACUUAUUAUGGCAAAAUUUUAACACGGAAUAUGAAUUUUUAGAAGAAAAAGUAAAUAAAGAAAAAUUAUGGAGCUUUAUAUGUCAUAAAAUCAAACAUUUUAUCGAUCGAACUGUUACUGAAAAGUAUAAUAAUCUAGGAUUCAAAUUUAACUCGAUAACCAAACAAACAAUUUUAUUAACAAAAACGCCAAGAAAAAAUGAACCAGUAAAUUCUUGCCACAGAAAUCAAUCUUUAAUUAAAAUCAAUAAUUUAUUCAAACACAGCGGCUGGAAAAAUAUGACUGAUGUGAACUACAUCACAUAUUCUAGAAAUAAUCAUACAUUACAAGAUAUAACUAAAAAUACUUAUAGAUAUGAUAAACAAAUACGUUGUUUAACGUUAUUACUUGGAUGUUCUUACGCCAACAUUUUAAAUAAUAUUUUCAUUGUAUUAAGUAAUUUUCAAAAUCACUGUAAACAUUAUUCAAGUCAUUUAGACAAUUUAAACAAUUAUAAGUAUGAAUGCACUAUUGAACUUUUAAAAACUAUACCUUUUAUAACUUCAUUAGUAAUACUUAUGGGAAGCGCCUUAGAUGCUUUGGAUAAAAUCCCUAAAUCCCCAGUAGAAAAUAAUCAUAUAAAAAAAUUUACUUCAAACACAUUAAUUAAAGAUCUGCAAGAUGAAAAAAUUUUAAAAUUGUUACCAGAUUUACAAGUAUAUCAAUCAAAUACUGAUGAAACAUUAUUGAAAAUAUUAAGUUUCGUUAGUGAAUGGAUAGAAGAACUAAAUAAAGGCAUGAUUAUUUGCAACAUUAAUUCUGAGAGUUUGACUUCAUUUAUAAAAAAAAUUGAUAUGAAAUAUCACAAUAUGCAAUUAAAUGGGAUUAAUAUACAGUUUUAUAAAUUUCUUAACUUUAAAAUAGCAUCUAUUUCUCAGUGGGCAGUUCAAGAAAAAUAUAUUAAUUUAGGAUUUGAAUUCAACGCGGAUACAAAUGAAACUUUUAUACCAGUUCUACAAAAAUCACCAGAUGAAGAAAUAUUCAAUUUCGAAGAAACUAAAAACAAACAUGAACCCGAGGACAAUUCACCAUUAUUACUAAAUAUUCCCGAAAAUAUAAGACCAGUUAACAAAUAUCUCUAAAAUAUUCCACAUGGACACAAAUCAAUCAUAACUAGAAUACUAAAUAGUAUAAAUAAUAAAUAAUUAAAUUUAUAAUCGACUAUUAUUCGUUUAUAUUAUAAAUAAUAAAGUGCACGUAUCAAUGAA